GUCCUCAUCAAACUCAAGGGCCCUCCUUUACCAUCGCACCAUCUGAGAGCAAAAAGAGAGCUAGGGGCGAAAGUAUCUCAAGGUUAUCCCUUCUCCUCCCGCUGUUCCCUGAUUCCCUCCAUUAGAAAGAGGAGGGCAAAAGAGACUAAGAGAAAAGACACGAAUUCAGAUCAGGACAAACAGCGAUCUUCAUUGACACAUUUGGUGUCAACAAACAACCUCAUCGACUAAGUGUUGAGGAAAAGGAGAGACUUUCCAUACCUCGCAAUCUGUGACGCAACGUUGAAACGAACACUAGAAAAAAAAAAAAAGACUUGUACUGAGAGUGCAAGAAAGCGAGUGUAUUGUGACAAUCCGAACUAAGGACGUAUCCACAAACAAAAAAGUAUUAUCGAAAAAAAUACUGAAAUGAGCCAAACCAGCAGCUCAGCCGAACCACCUGUGGUGGGCAUGGAUGCCAAUGAAGGAGCAAAUAAAAACAUUGUUGGAGCGAACAGUGGCUACAACACUCAUACGGGUGGAAUUUUGAUCUCACUUAAGGCAGGUGGGUCAGAUGUCAUUCCCCAAAAUUCAUACGCAAAUCAGACCUAUUCUUCGGACAGUAGCAUCAGUAUGCUGCCACAAGGGGUCCAGCACCGAGAAAACCCUGUGGAUGUUAUGGGCGGAGGGCCAUAUCAGCAGCAGAAUUUCGAAGCUGAAAAAGUGCUUAGACCUGAAGGGUAUCAUCCUUUGCAAACCUCAACCCGUCCAAUGUUUGAUCACUUUCGCUCAUUGGAACCACUACAAGGAUCGACUACGUACUUCAGACAGGGAAAUAUUGCGAAUCCUGCUUUUAAUAAUGGUCCAGGCAAUCCAUACAGCAAUGAAGAAUCAAACGCUGCUUCAAAUACCUUCGGAACUGACGCAUACAUGCUGGGUAACAUUGGAUAUACAAAUGUGAAAAGUGAAAGCGCUUAUGGCACAGGACAAGGUGAAUCAGGAGGAUGGAGCGUUCCUCAGAAUGGUGAAUCAAUGCUUCAUUAUUAUGAACAGCCACAUGGAUAUGAGCAAUAUGCCAAUGCAUAUAAAGUGGAAGUGGAUGCGCAGGCCCCGACCGAUGAUAGGUAUCAAGACGAUCUAAGCCAAACAGAUGCUGAAAAGAAUGAGAGACUCAAGAAACUCAGCAAAGAGCAAGUUCUCAUUAAAGAGCGUCUAAGCAGAGAAAGUUUAAAUCGCUCCUUAUUUAUUCGCAAUCUGGGCUAUGCUGCUCAGGCAGAUGAAGUAAGGAAAUUAUUCGAGCCAUACGGAGAAAUUCAAAGUCUAUGCGAUAAGAUCCAAGAUCGUGGCAUGGCUUUUAUCAGAUAUUUCGAUAUCCGUGCUGCAGAAUAUGCCAAAAAAGAAGCUCAUGGAACUAUUUUGCAUGAUCGCGCACUUGAUGUCCAUUUUGCACUUCAAGGAAACGAUAGUUCCAAACGGGCCUGCGAGGAGAAAGAUUCCAAUGGCUCGCUUUCAAUCAAUAUUAAAGGUAUUGAUGGAGCUAGUGUGAGUGAUCAGGAGCUGGAACAAUUUUUCUCUCAGUAUGGCGAGGUCAGAAGAAUCCGUCCACCCAAUAGUAACAAGUUUCCUCGAAUCCUGGAGUUCUUUGAUAUUCGUCACACUGUUAAAGCAUAUCAUGAUUCCCAUGGAAAAUAUUUGAAGGAUGGCAAGAUCGAAUGUUAUUAUGCCUGGGAUGAAGUUACUGUAACACCGAGCUACUUACUUAUAACUGCAAAGCAUCAGUAUCAACAACAGGACCGUCUUGAGCGAAAUGACCGCCAGAAAUCACGCGGUGGAAAGUAUAACCGAGACCGUUCGGCCUCUCCUGAAAGAAAGAGCUUUAAUAGUCUCAAUAACAAAAAUCAGAAGCGGCAAGGUGAAUCCUCAACCUACCGGCCUGCUAAUCGGGAUGAUUUCCGUGAUAGGGAACAUGACAAUAAAAACCGGCGGAACAGAGAUGAUUCGAGAGAUCGGUAUCGAUCUGACCACCAGGAUUUAGACAAUCGUCGAGAUCGUCAUGAUCGUCGUGAUAGUCCAGAUAAGUAUCGUGGUAGAAGAGAUAGUUCGCGCGAUCGUCAGGAUAACUCGCGUGACGAGAGAGAUAGCUCGCGUGAAAGAAGAAAUCACUCUCCUGAAAGAAGAAGUAACUCACGCGAUAGAAGGGAUAACUCUCGCGGUACUGAUUAUAAGAGAGGGGGAAGGAUCGACAUCGAUAGAGGAAGAGAUCGAGGUCGUGAUCGAGAUAAAGAUAGUCGUGAUUAUGAUCGAAGCCGUGAUCGAGAUCGAGAUCGAGAUCGCGACCGAGAGCGUGGUCGUGAUUUGGACUAUGAUAGAGAUCGCAACCGAAAUAACAACCGAGAUGAUAGAGACUUCAGCAGAGAUAGUGAUAGGACUCGUGACAGGAGUAAUGACUAUGACCGGAAAGAUAGGUCUUAUGAUUAUCGUGGACGGGAUAUCUCACCUAAAGUUCCGAAUCCCCAUGAAGCGAACCAGCUACAAGGUUAUGUCCAGCCACCCCAUAUUGCAAUAGCUGGAUUGCCACCUCCACCGGUUCCUAUUUUCCAGCAGUUUUUGCCAACCAUACCUAUACAAAAUCAACUGAGCACACUGAAUGUCAGUAAUUCUCCGUUAACACCACAGUUCAAUUCACUUGGUAUGACAAUGCAGGAACGUAUGGAACAAGCGCAGAAGACACAGCAGCUAAUGAACAAUAUCAUUAUGCGCGCCGACAAUGUUCCUACUUCAUCAAUGCCGGUCAAUCUUAACCCUUCUAAUUACGGACAGCAGACACUUCAAGACCCUCGCUUGAAAGCAUUGAACCCUCCACAAACUCCUCAACUGAAUCAUCUAGCACCGGUUUCGCAAACGCUGCCGUCUGAUUUUCGUCAAGUUGGGAUGAGAUCAGAGUACUCAUCUAGUCCCACGAGCCCAGCACAACUAGCGCAACCGGCAUACUCAACUGCUGAUUCUCCGUUGACCUUAUCGAAACCUAUGGGUCCGGAUAUAUCACCGGGCCCGCCAGCUGUGCCGGAACCUCAAAAGAAUAAUGCUGAAACCCAAGUGCAACAAUUGCUUCAUCUUCUGAGUCAAGUCCAACAGCAGAGUAAAGCGGCGAUGCAGGCCAGUGCUACUGAUGGUUCAGGAGUUAAUUCUGGAGAGCCCACCGCUUCUGGGUUAAUGGCUUUGAUGCCUCAUCUUGCUCAAUUAUCUCAGGCAGUUCAACAGCAAUUUCAACCUCAACUGCCACAGCAAUCAUAUGGCUCAGCUGCGUUAAACUUGGGAAUGGGUAUGAGUAUGCCGAUGGCACAAUUAGGUGGUAUGACACCAGCAAUGCAGCAUGCUCAAUUACCAAAUAUGAUGAUGCCUCCACCUCCACCCCCCGUUUUGCCAAGACUGGGUGCUAUGCCUCUUAUACCGCCUGUCUCUCCUGCUAUACCUCCAAUAAAUCCAGGAAACCAGCCAUCACACCAAAGUGUGCCUCAUGGAAGAGCACCUCUUCCCUCCCAGCUAGAUCAGCUGCUUUCACAGGUUCCGUUAACAGACCAACAGAGGGUUUACAUUGAAAGCAAGGGUAAUGACAACCAGUAUGGUGACUACAAUGGCAAUGACCCAAACCGAAGGGAUAGUAGAGAUAACCCCGGUCUCCCAGAAAGAACAGGAUCUUCGUCUGUGAGUAAUAAUAGACGAGACUCUUAUGAUAGCUAUGCUUAUAGCAGUAACUGGAACGAUAGUAAUAACCGUGACAGCCGAACCUAUUCCAGUGGAGGAAAUUUACGUGAUCGAAAUUGGGAUCAAACUGACUCAAAUUCUAGCGACUACAGUUACAAUAAUGAAAACUCUAAGCGCCGCAGGGAGGAUAGUGUGGAUAACGAUGAUCGCGUGAUUAAGCAUCAUUAUAAUGGCCGUCGUUCUUCUCUAAGUGGUAGCAAUGAUGAUUACUAUCCAGAUCAGAACAAUAGUCAUUCAAGAAAUCAAAGCAAUAGCUAUCGAAAUGAAGAUGAUAACUCGUACCAGCCAUGCGACAGCAAUUUCCGCGAUAGUCGUGGGGGUCGCGGCGGUCGUGGUGGCAGUCGUAACGGUCGUGGUGGCUUCGCACCUCGUGGUGGACGCGGAGGGCGAGGGACCUACCGGGGAGGUGGCCGUGCUGGAUUGAGCGGUCAACGUGGAGGGGGGGACCGCGAUGAAUAUCGUGAUUCAGAUGAUUCGCGUAAUAACAAGAACUGGGCAUCACGGGGAGCACGCGGCGGUCGUGGCCGUGGUCGUGGGGGUUCUGGAUGAGCA